AUGAUAAUAAGUGAUAUCCCAAAGCCUGAUGGGCCUGAUGACAACAUCGGCUGGCGGGUCCUGUAUAUCUCGUGGGCGCUAUAUGGCAUUGCCUUCAUCGUCGUUUGUCUGAGGGUUUUUGCUCAGGCAAAGGUCACCCGCCGAUUACAGCGGGGUGACGCUCUAAUGAUAUUUGCGUUGCUGUCCGGCGUGCUCUCCUGCGUAUUCCUCACGAUAGCUUACGGUCGGGGCUUUGGGAGACACUUCUUCUAUCUUACGCCCUCUGAGAGGUUUGAUGCGACGAGAAUGGAGUAUAUCCACCAGCCGUUUGGUAUUCCGAGUUCGACCUUUGGCAGAGUUUCAUUCAUGGUUUUGCUAUACAAGCUUUCCAUUACCGCUCAGCGCCGGCAAUGGUUUCUCAUAUUCAUGAUGAUACAGACGACAUCUAUCAACAUUGUCACAUGUGUGACUAUCUUCACUCAAUGUAGAAAUGUCAACACAAUUUGGGAUCCCGCCGGUGUGCCUGGGAAGUGCUGGAGCCCUUCGGCUCAAGAGUACAUUGGAUAUUUUCAAGGAUAUCUUAUCUUGACCUUCCUCCCUGCUUACAUGUUUUGGGGUCUUCACAAGCAGUUGAGCACCAAGGUCGGGUUGGUCGCGCUGAUGGGCUUGAGCAUUUUCGCAUUCGUAGCUUCGGUCAUCAAAACUAUUCUCCUCCAGUCUCUGGGAUAUAGGUCAGAUUUUACCAGGAACGUCGCUGUCUUGUUUAUUUGGCUACACGUGGAAAACACUCUGGUCAUCACGGCGGCUUCAAUUCCAAUGACCCGACCGCUGUUCCAAAACUCGAAUGAAACGAAAUCGUCGACGUAUGAGAUUGAUGGAUACCGCAACAACCGAGUGAACUCGAAUACGUUUAGAAGAAUCAUGAUAAAUGCAAUAGACACAACGAGCGAGGAGAAUAUUAUGCCGAGAGAGGAACAAGAUAUCACAAUCCGGACGGAUAUCGUUGUUGAAUACGAGGAAGGGGAGACCGGAAAGGUUCCGAGUGACCAGACGGGGCCCAAUAUCUGGGUCUGA